GUAAUUCUGAACGAAAGGUAAUGGGCGUGCCGACCAUGAGUGUACUGAUUCAUCUCACCUUUUACGCGCGACAAUCGUAGUCUAUCGCCUUAAACAAUAUUCAUUUGGCUCGAGUCGAUCGAUGAGCCACGAGCCACAUUUCGACAAGCGGUAUACCAGCUCUAGUGAGUGUGGAGCAGGUCUUAACGCACAGAUUACCUCAGUUUUCAGAGACUGUUUGGAGUUGCGAAGGCCAAUGUGUUUCAAGACUAUCUUUAUCUUGUAUUUAUUGGUCGGUGUGUUUGGUGCAGAGACAGAUAAUACUGAAACAGUGUCAGUUAUGGUGGGAGAUUCAGUCACUCUGGACACUGAUAUUGAAACAAUUAAGAGAAAUGAUGACAUAUUGUGGAUGUUUGGACCUGACAGUCCAGACACACUGAUAGCUGAAAUCAUCAAAUGGUCUUACAUGUUCUCUGUAUAUGUAAAUGGACAAGUGCCAUUUAAAGACAGUCUGAAACUGGACCAUCAUACUGGAUCGCUGACCAUUAAGAACAUCAGAUAUGAACACUCUGGAGUUUAUAAAUUAACUAUUAUCAACAACAGAAAGACUUCCCACAAGAGUUUCAGUGUUAAAGUCUAUGCUCCUCUGCCCACUCCCAUCAUUAGCAGUGUCUCUGUACAGAACUCGACAGCAUCGGAAAGAUCUCUAGGUCCAGCGUGUGCCUUGAUGUGUUUUGUGAAGAAUGUGACACGGGCGACGCUUUCCUUGUACAAAGGCGAUGAUUUAGUCUCCAGCGUCAGUGGUUCUGAUUUAAGCAGCGACCUGUCUUUACCUCUGGAUAUGGAAUAUUAUGAUGAAAACACCUAUAGCUGUGUGGUGAGCAAUCCCUUCAGCAACCAUACUACACUGCUUAACGUUACAGAGCUCUGCCAGCCACCUUCAGACAACAUAUUGCUCUACUGUUUGGUGAUCCUGGUGCUGAUUCCUGUAGCUCUCACAGUGACCAUUGUAAUAUUUUGUGUCAGUCGAAAACAUGGAAAAGCAGAACAAAAGACUGAUGAAAAUUGCUAAAGAGAACUGUUAGGAUGAAAUACAUAAUGUUUGCGGAAAGACGGGAUGAAGAGACUAUAUUAUUGCACACACUGAAGCUCUCUGGUUGAUUAUGAACUGUGUUUUUAGUAGAAUAUUUAAAAUGAAGUCUGUUCAUGAGUGUUUUGUCAUCAUUACUCAGAAUGUCCGUCCAGACAUGAUGAAAACGGUGGUCUGAUGCAGACAGUUUCAGUUGAUCUUAACUUAUGUGCUUCCAAUGCCACUGAUUGAAGAGUUAAAGUGAUGUGAUUUGUUUUAUUUCACUUUUGUGAUGAGAAACUUGGAGAUGUUUUAAUCCUCAUUGAAACAGAUCAAAUUCUUUGUUUGUAGAUAUUUUUUUAUUAAGAUUCUAGCAGUUUCAGUAGCUACUGUACUUCUGCUUUUGUUCUAAAGGAAAAACAUAUUUGUUUAUACUUCUCAGUACCUAUGUCUAUAUUUUCGUUGUAAGCUUGAGUUUGUUUUAAAUAAAUUAUUAUUUUUUUAAAAACA